AUGGUAGCUGAGAAGCACCCUUCCCCCACAUACUUCAUCCUCCUACUCAUAACCAUCACGCGUUUGAUCUCCACAGUAGGAAAAACCUCCCAAUGGAAGGCCGUCUUGCCUGCAGAGCUUGCUGCUGUAGACGAAGACGUCUUUAACAAGCUCCGCGGAGACGUGGAAGCUCUUCAAGGAAGAGCUUCGAAGGACUACGGCAACAUAGCUCGCGAAGUCCCAUUGGCAGUCUUCCACCCGGCGUCGGCCCAGGACAUCGCGCGGCUGAUCAAGGCGUCGUAUAAGGGGGCUGUCCCCUUCAAGGUGGCGGCGAGGGGGCAAGGGCACUCCACGCGCGGGCAGGCUAUGGCACGUGGCGGCGUGGUGGUGGACAUGGCAGGGUUCAGAGAGAGGGGGGGUGGGGUGGGAAUAAGGGUGGGCAAGAUGGUGGACCCUUCUGUUGGUUACUUUCACUACGCUGAUGUUGGAGGAGAACAACUUUGGAUCGAUGUGCUUCACGCCACGCUCGAGCAUGGACUUGCACCUCUCUCUUGGACUGAUUAUUUGUACUUGACAGUGGGAGGGACUCUCUCCAAUGCUGGCAUCAGUGGCCAAACCUUCCGCUAUGGUCCUCAAAUCUCCACUGUUCGUGAAAUGGAUGUCAUCACUGGAAAGGGAGAAUUUGUGACCUGCUCUUCUGAGACGAAUUCUGAGUUGUUUCACGCGGUUCUUGGAGGUUUAGGACAAUUUGGAAUUAUAACAAGAGCAAGAAUUGCUCUUGCGCCAGCUCCAAAGAGGGUUAAAUGGGUUAGACUUUUGUACAAUGACUUUUCUGCUUUUACCAAAGACCAAGAACAGUUAAUCUCAAUCUCUGGAAGGAAACAAAAUAUUGCACUGGAUUAUGUGGAAGGGUCGCUGCUAAUGCACCAAGGACCCAUAAAUAAUUGGAGAUCUUCUUUCUUCCCUUUAGCCGACCAUGGUCGAAUAAUUUCACUAGUAACUGAACACAGCGUCCUCUAUUGCCUAGAAGUUGCCAAAUAUUAUGAUGGCCAAAGUGAAAACAAUGUAGACAAGGAACUCCAAGUUUUACUCCAAGGAUUGAACUACAUCCCCGGAUUUUACUAUGAAAAAGAUGUCUCGUAUGUUGAUUUCUUGAAUAGAGUCCGAAGUGGAGAGUUGAAGCUACAGUCACAGGGUCUUUGGGAUGUUCCUCACCCGUGGCUUAACUUGUUUAUACCAAAAUCUCAGAUCAUGGAUUUUGACUCGGGAGUUUUCAAGAACAUCAUUCUUAAACGAAACAUCACCACAGGACCUGUCUUGGUUUACCCCAUGAACAGAAACAAGUGGGACAAUAGGAUGUCAGCAUCAAUACCAGACGAGGAUAUCUUCUACACAGUUGGAUUUUUGCAUUCAAGUGGGUUUGAUAAUUGGAAGGCCUAUGAUGCUCAAAAUAAAGAAAUUUUACAAUUUUGUAUUGAUGGUGGGAUGAAGGUUAAGCAAUAUCUUCCCCACUAUCGCACACAAGAAGAUUGGACAAAGCAUUUUGGCCCUAAGUGGAGGACUUUUGCAGAAAGAAAACAGCAGUUUGAUCCAAGAAUGAUUCUAUCACCUGGACAAAGAAUCUUUAACAAUUAA